AUGUCCAAGAUUCCAAGAAACUUUAAACUAUUAGAAGAACUAGAAAAAGGGGAAAAGGGUUUAGGUGCUGAAUCCAUUUCUUAUGGGUUAGCAAGCUCAGAUGAUAUCACUAUGACUUAUUGGAAUGGUACCAUUUUAGGACCUCCUCAUUCUACUCAUGAAAAUAGAAUCUACUCCUUACACAUUGUAUGUGACGAUACUUAUCCUGAGAAGCCACCCCUGGUACGGUUCAUCUCAAAGAUCAACUUGCCCUGUGUUGAUACCGAGGGUAAAGUCACUAAUGGCUUUGAUAUCUUGAAGAACUGGAAGAGAUCUUACACUAUGGAAACUGUGUUACUUGAGUUACGGAAAACUAUGGCUUCUCCUUCAAACAAGAAGUUGAAACAACCUGCAGAAGGUACGACUUAUUGA